GGGCACCUUAUGCUGUGAUGUGAUGUUUAGCCAAACUUCUUGGAAGAACGUUACAAUGUUUCCCAGUGGACGACUGAUAAUCUACUCGUAAAUUCGAUUGGGCCGGUCACUCUCAACGGCUCAAUGUCAACGUUUAUGAAAGUAUGGACGUCACGCGCCCAUCCCGGCUGCCAGGCUGUAUUGCUGGAUAUCGCUGGCUGAUUGGUAGCCCGUUCCCGCGAAGCACCAAAGCUGCCAGUGCACUCCGAAUCGUUCCCGCGAAGCGUUUAUACUCAACAUUGCAACUGAAAGGCGGUAAACCGGAUCCCAGAUGUCCUCGGGAGCCAAGGCAGCGGAUUUGCUCACACUCAUUGUCGAAUGUGUACUCUAUGGCUUUUGUGUUUCGCUAUUCGUUGCAGCCGCUUCGGUUCAGCUCUCAGGACUCUUUGCUGGCCGCAUCAAGCAGUUGAUUGGUGGCGCAUCUGUGCUGCUCUUUAUGUUGAGCACGGCGCACGUUAUGACGCAGAUACUUACGGUAUAUCAAGGUGAAAUUACUGUACCGGCGGAACAACAAGAGACAUUCGCCAUGGAUGACACCGCCGACAUAUACACAACUAUCAAGGACAUAUGCUAUCUCAUAGAAUCAGUUUUGGGUGACUCGAUACUAAUCUAUCGCUGCUAUAGAAUGUGGAAUACCCUAUGGGUUGUCAUUCCCUUUGCAAUAACCGACUGUGCUUCGGCAGCUCUCACCAUUGUCACUAUCAUAAACGCAUCGCGGUCCGUUGGUAGCGACUUCAUGGCUGGGUCUGACGAAAGAUGGAACCUCGCCUCAUUUACCAUGGUGCUUGUCACAGACUUGGUUCCCACAUGUCUUUUGAGCUAUAAAUUGUGGAUAGCAAGACGAACCUCUAUUGAUCACAAACAACGUCACCGACUUAGCUCUCUGGCUCGUGUUAUUCUUGAAUGCGGAGUUAUUUACUCUCUUUGUUUGAUUGCCUUUAUGAUUGUCACCACUAUGCAGAACUAUGCUUCAUAUGUGGCGGUCGGCAUGUCACUGCCUGAUUUCGAGCACAGGAGGACUGGUGAUCAAGUGAGGUUGAGUGACCGAGGAAACCUAUUUUUCUUCUUCUUCUUCUUCUUCUGA